AUGGAUAAUUGGACUCUUAAUGAGCUUGCGAGACCAUUGGUUGCUGCUUGCACCACCAUGGUUGUUGUUAUUGCAUGCCUAUUUGAGGAAAUGCAUGUUAAUAAGCCCGGUAGAAGUAAAGAACCAUCACUACUGCGUGACGUAACUAGGAAAAAGCACAUGGAACGCAUUUUGAGGGGUGGAUGUGACUAUGCCGUUAGUUACCUUAGGAUGGACGUAGGACCAUUCUUGCAUCUUGCUUCUAUUUUCCGCGACAAGCAUAUACUCGUUGACACCCGACAUGUGUUAGUCGAGGAGCAAUUACCUAUUUUCUUACAUGUAGUUGGGCACAACACCAAAAACAGGACCAUGAGAGUUGAGUUUUUACGAUCUGGUGGAAGAAUUAGUCGUUAUUUCAACAAUGUCCUUCGAGCAAUCUGUGCCAUCCUUGAUGACUUUGUUCAUCCCUCUAAUGGUACAUGUCAUCCUAAAAUUGAGUCAAAUCCAAACUGGUACCCUUAUUUCAAAGACUGUAUAGGAUUAUUAGAUGAAACACAUAUUGAUGUGUCCGUCCCUGCUAAUGAAAUACCACUGUUUCGUGGUCGAAAAGGGCAACCCAAAAUGUACUUGCAGUGGUGA